UAUUGUAAAAAGUGCAAAUACGCAGGUGCUGACAGUACUAUGGCGCCCGCACAUGCGCUGUCCCCCACGGUACGGACGAGACAGAGAGAGCACGCGCACACCGGUGAUCACCAUUCCCUUCCCUUGUCAGAAGCUUCUGGUUAACAAAGGGCGGCAUGGCGUCCGCUUCCAAAUCUUUCCUGGCUGAUGCUGGCUAUGGGGAGCAAGAGCUGGACGCCAACUCUGCCCUCAUGGAAUUGGAUAAAGGACUGCGAUCUGGUAAACUAGGGGAGCAGUGUGAAGCUGUUGUUCGUUUCCCCAGACUCUUUCAGAAAUAUCCAUUUCCAAUUCUAAUUAACUCUGCAUUUCUAAAACUAGCUGAUGUUUUCAGAGUUGGAAACAACUUCCUGCGUCUCUGUGUUCUGAAAGUAACUCAGCAGAGUGAAAAGCACUUGGAAAAAAUCCUCAACGUAGAUGAGUUUGUGAAACGAGUUUUCUCAGUUAUUCACAGCAAUGAUCCAGUUGCUCGAGCAAUCACGCUCAGGAUGUUGGGGAGUAUGGCAUCCAUAAUCCCAGAAAGAAAGAAUGCACAUCACAGUAUUCGCCAGAGUCUGGAUUCCCAUGACAAUGUUGAGGUUGAAGCUGCUGUUUUUGCUGCAGCUAAUUUUUCUGCUCAAUCCAAAGAUUUUGCUGGAGGGAUAUGUAACAAAAUCAGUGAAAUGAUUCAAGGCUUAGCCACUCCCGUAGACUUGAAGCUGAAACUGAUCCCCAUUCUACAGCACAUGCACCAUGAUGCCCGCUUGGCCUCUAGUGCCCGCCAGCUACUCCAACAGUUGGUGACUUCCUACCCUUCAACCAAAAUGGUCAUUGUUACUUUGCACACCUUUACCUUGCUUGCUGCAUCUUCCCUGGUUGACAUUCCCAAACAGAUUCAGCUAUUACUUCAGUAUAUGAAGAACGAUCCAAGAGAAGCUGUGAAAAGGCUAGCUAUCCAGGAUCUAAAGUUACUUGCAAAUAAAACUCCACAUACUUGGAACAGAGAGAAUAUUCAGGCACUUUGUGAAUGUGCUCUUCAAAUUCCUUAUGACAGCUUGAAGCUAGGCAUGCUAUCUGUACUUUCCACACUAUCAGGGACAAUAGCCAUUGAACAGUAUUUCAGCAUUGCUCCAGGAGGUACAGCUGCUACAGCAAGGUCAUCGGACCUAGUUAAACUGGCACAGGAGUCCUGUUACCAUAAUAACCAGGGUAUUGCCGCUCAUGCCGUGCGAGUCCUGACAAAUAUAGCUUCUUCCUGCCAGGAAACAGAUCUUUUGCCAUUGGAGCAAGAUGCAGUCUUUGGCCUUGAGUCCCUCCUUGUCCUUUGUAGUCAAGAUGGCAGUCCAGGUGCCCAAGCAACUUUAAAGAUUGUUCUCACUUGCAUGGUGAAGCUGGCCAAGUGUCGUCCCCAUCUUAGCCAGUCUAUUGUGGAAUCAUUGUUGACACAACUGCACAGUGCUCAAGAUGCUGCCCGGAUUCUUAUUUGCCAUUGCUUGGCAGCCAUUGCCAUGCAGUUACCUGUCUUAGGGGAUGGAAUGCUUGGAGACCUGAUGGACCUCUACAAAGUGAUUGGGCGAUCUGCCUCUGAUAAACAACAAGAGCUGCUGGUCUCUCUUGCUACUGUGAUAUUUGUUGCCAGUCAAAAAACUUUAUCUUCUGAAGUUAAAACUGUUAUCAAACAACAACUUGAAAAUGUCUCCAACGGAUGGACAGCUUACAGGAUAGCCAGACAAGCUUCCAGAAUGGGUAAUCACGGCAUGGCCAGGGAGCUCUAUCAAAGCUUGCUGACUCAAGUGGCUUCUGAGCACUUCUACUUCUGGCUGAACAGUUUGAAGGAGUUCUCCCAUGCGGAGCAGUGCCUAACAGGGCUGCAAGAGGACGACUGCAGUUCAGCACUUUCAUGCAUUGCUGAGUCUCUCAAAUCAUAUCACAAAGGAAUAGCAUCUUUAACGGCCGCUAGUACACCGCUUAAUCCUUUGAGCUUUCAGUGCGGGUUUGUCAAGCUCCGAAUUGACCUGCUGCAGGCAUUUUCUCAGCUCAUCUGCACUUGCAACAGCCUGAAGACCAGUCCCCCUCCUGCCAUUGCAACCACAAUUGCCAUGACCUCUGGCAGCGACCUGCAGCGCUGUGGGCGCAUUUCCAACCAGAUGAAACUCUCCAUGGAAGAAUUCAGGAACCUCGCUGCAAGAUACGGAGAUCUUUAUCAGUCAUCUUUUGAUGCAGACUCAGCCACUCUGAGGAAUGUGGAACUACAACAGCAGAGUUGCCUAUUAAUAUCACAUGCAAUUGAAGCCCUGAUUUUGGAUCCCGAGUCCACAAGUCUUCAGGAAUAUGACUCUGUAGGUGGGGCACAUGCCACAAGCGAAUACGAAAGGAGAAUGAUGUCUGUGUUUAGUCACGUAUUGGAGGAAGUGGAAUCGCUUAACAGAAAAUAUGCACCUGUAUCUUACAUGCACACGGCUUGUCUAUGCAGCGCCGUCACUGCCUUGCUGAAAGUUCCCCUGUCAUUUCAGAGGUAUUUCUUCCAGAAGCUACAGUCAACUAGCAUUAAGCUUGCUCUGUCACCAUCACCACGUAACCCUGCAGAGCCCAUCGUAGUUCAGAAUAACCAGCAACUAGCCUUAAAGGUUGAGGGAGUCGUCCAGCAUGGCUCCAAACCAGGUCUUUUCCGCAAAAUUCAGUCCAUCUGUCUAAACGUAUCUUCAAUACUACAGAGCAAAUCUGGACAAGAGUACAAGAUACCCAUGGACAGCCUGACAAAUGAGAUGGAGCAGAUGGUUGAGCCUCACAACGAUUACUUCAGCACACAGUUCCUCUUGAACUUUGCUGUUGUUGGCACCCACAGCAUCACCGUAGAGUCUUCUGUCAGAGACCUCAAUGGCAUCAUAUGGAGGACCGGACCCAAAACUACCUUAUUUGUCAAGUCUCUUGAAGAUCCCUAUUCCCAGCAAAUUAGGCUGCAGCAGCAGCAAGGACAGCAGCCACCCCAGCCACCCCAGCAGCCCCAGCCCCAGCAGCGGACUGCUUAUUCACGGUUUUAGCCCUCCUUAGUGCUCUUUACCCCCAGGGGCCUGAACUAGGCAAUCCGUGGAUGCUGCCAUUACCUACCUCUGGGCCUAGAAUUUGCCAUUGUUCUCUCUUUUGGAGUAACAACAAUGGAUUUGGCUUGUCAUUAUCAGCCCCUUUUGCAUGUGCAAAUCGUAGCAUGAUUAUGUCCUUGAAAACAGCAGUUUCAGUGGGAUGGGGAACAUAGUUAGUUGAGCCCAGCUGGAAGCUAUGCUUGUUUCAGCUGCUGUGGUUAGAAUCAUGUGAACCUUGACAAGUGCAGGGGUAUGGGUUUGAAGAGAACUGAAUCCACGCUGUGACAGCUUUCUGGUGACUUUGCGACACACAUGCCAGCUUGUUACCAUCAUUGGCCUCAGGUUAACUGCAAUGUGGCCACAAAGCCCUUUCUGUGUUCCCUGCUAAUGUGUUCCCUCAUCCCAAAGAGGGAUUGUGUGAACUGGCUUAUCGUGAAGUCCUGUUGACACCAGGAAUAAAAGAACCUAAAACUACCUCUCCCAUCCUCAGUUUGAACCUCACCAGCAAUAAGCUCCCUUUGGGAAGGCAGUGAGUGAGCAAGUCUGUAGCAAUGGUUUAUACCGCAGAUCAAAUUACUCUUCUAGUUGACAGUUCCAGCAGGGAGCAAAUUUCAGUGCUGCACUUGUGCUUUCAAACCAAUUGAGAUUUGCGUGUGUAUAAAAUAAUUCUGAGCCAAGGGAAUUGUUCAAUGCAUUUGAAAAUGUAAAAGGUUGGCAGAAAUGUUUCAAAAUUCUAGGCAGGUUGAUUGUAAGUAGUCAUUUUGAUCUUUACAUGACCAGAAAAAGAUUAAGGCAUAAUUCCUAUUAUAAGGUUCCAUUCUUCAGGCUUCUGGAUCCCAGGGCUCUGUUCUUUUGUUACUUCUGUAUAUAACAAUGCUGAAGGGAUGCCGGCUGAGAAAUUGACUAGUACCUUGCAUAAAAGCUUUUUCAGGUGUAGGGGGUAUUUUCCUCCCCUGAAGAGCAGCAGUGAAUAAUUGCAUAUGGGAGGGAAGAUGUGGAUACACACCAGAAAGGCUCCAAGUGUCCGCAGCUUAUUUGUUGAGAGCAUUUCAUGGUUUUCAGAAGUGGCAAAUUGCUCUAAAUAGUUAUAGAAGAAAAAACAGAUGUACUCAAUAUAUUUGUAUGGGGAAUGAUUUUAUAUACCAAAUAGUUUAAUAAAGAUUGUUCUUCUAA